AUGUCUUCCUUGGGACGAGGGGGGGUAUCGUCGAAACUGCCUAGUUCCAGGUUCACCACGAUCUACAAUGCCCUACCUGCUGAUGCUCAGCAGGAGUUGGUAGAAAAACACCUUAUCCCUCUGCUGAACCAAGUCGAAAAAGUUCGGUUCAAAAAGGCGUUUGCGCAUGCCUCUGAGCUUCACAGACGACAUGAUGGUCUGCCAGAACUCAACCUCAAAGCGAAGCGGAUGGAAAUCAACGGUCUGCUCGACGAGCUCCAAAGGGACGCUAAGCGCUCGUUUGUUAAGGACCGUUCGCACAAGAAGGAGCUUCUCGGCGAAGCGAUCGAUAGCUUGACUGAUUGGUUGAACGACAUCUGGAGUGUGGUCUAUGAGCACAACGUCAACUUCAUCCAUGCUCACAAGUGCUUAAUGUUUGUGGCUGGAAUAUUAGAUCAUCUUGCCAGCGGUCGAUCCAGCUGCCGGUGUACGUUCAACAAUAUGUUUGUGACCGUGACCAUCAAGCGCAAGUCAGGCAAGCAUGUCAAAGCAUUCAACAUCAACGGUGCGCAAAACAUCGAACAAGUGCUCUUUUUUAUCUGGCGCGACCUCUUCCUGAGCAUGCUUGCUGCUGGCAACGAACAUCAUAUCAGUCAGAUCUCCGAUAUGCUGGAAGAUAUUGAAGACCUCAUGAGCUGGACAGCACUAGAACGUAUCCUCUAUGGGGGCAAAAAGUGCAGCAGAGCGAGCGGCAAGGACGUCUGGCGAUUCUGGCAGAGCUCAGGGUGCUUCUGUCGGGUCCUUGGUCAGGCGAAGGACAUGUGGCUGAUAGAAUCGCAGCACGAUUGGUGGCCAAUUCUCCUGCCUUCGGUAUCACCAGACGACCUUGGCGUAGCCCUAUCCUCUCUAGCAGGCUCCCAUGACGACUGCUUCGACGAGGUAUCCGGUGCCGAAGGCUACGGUUCUGAAUCUAACUCCGAUAUUGAAGACGACGAUAGCGAUGCAGACUAUUAUGACGAUGACGGGGAAUCCGGACCUCAGCACGCUCGACACUGGUCUUCUCGAGUUAGCAACCAGAUGGACAACUUCCGGAAGCAUAUAUACACCGCAAUGAUGUCCGUUUUCAAGGUCGCGCCUUCGCAGCCGCUCUACACUGCUCUCUGUCAGAUCUGGCCGGACCGCCUCGAGACAGACCAUGAGCUCCAGCAUUACCUCAAGUCAAUCGCUGUCAGUUCUUCCGAGACAUUCGCCGCAGCGCUGGAUAUCUACGCGACGGAGGACUUGCCAGACGAGAUUAUCCGCAUCCUCGACACUCACCAGCACCUCCUUCGUCCACGGGACGCAUCCGCACUGCAGAACGCUAUACUCACCCUCGGGCAAACCAACACGCACAACGCACGCGCGCUACAGGUCGUGGAGAAGGAGCUACUGGACACUGUACGCGCUCUGCGCGCGGCGCUGCUCGUAUCCUUCUCGCAACUUGAACUCACCGCGAACAAGGAGGAGCUACAGCAGAUACUCAAGCUGCGCUCCGGUGCUGCCGGCCGGCAGAACCGCGUCGAGGCUUGGAUUGAUGCGGUGGCAACGCCAGGCACGAAUGGACCGAACCCAAUAGCAUUUGCGGCAAUGAUGAUGGGUGUCCCACUCGUGCCCGGGAUGGACCCUAUGGAGGAUGCCGACCCUCUGGGCUACCUCGACCUAGACCCGCACGACCCAGACUUAGAGGAUCUGCGCGAGGAGUUCCGGCCGCGCUUCAAGCAGCGGUUCGAGGGGUGGACGGAGAUUGCGCAGGCGAUAACGGGCGGAGCCGCGCUGCAGCAGCAGGUAUACCGAGAGACCCUGCAGCUGAUGCCAUUCCUACGGGCGAGCGAUAUUGUCGAUGAGAUGGUCGGAAGGCUCGCAGACAAGCCAAACAAACAUCAUGUUUGCGAUGGGCUGGACGCUCUAUCACAUUUCGUGCAACGGCAGCGCAAGAAAGCGAAUAAUGCACGAAUUCUUCAGCGGCAAAGAGAUGUCAUGCGGUCGACGUCCGCUACCUCGUCCACAACGCUGGUAUCAAUAUCAGCGAUGGACCCUACUGCGGACGAUGCUUCUGACAUACCGCCACCUCUCGAGACACCUCCAAGUACAGGAACAUCUUCUCCCGAGGCGACCACUUCUGCCACGGCUCCGACACCGUCGGGUUUGCCGGCUUCUUUCUUCGCUCAUAUUCCGUUCGCCGGACCCUCUAGACUCGGUACUGGCGGCCUUGAGGACGUUGACUGA